AUGUGCGUCACCAGAUGCAUUCGGCCGCUGCCUGGUUUUUUUUUAAUUGUGGGUCUGUACAAGAAGAAACAACUACUACGCACGGGUACGGGUAGGCGCUUUUUAUGUUUACUCUCUAAACAACAGUACACUUUAGACAAAAAAAGUAGACUUGGAGUUGUUAAGCAUGUGGUAACAUACAUAGAAACAAUAGUGCCGCGGUUUUCAAGGGAAAAGAUAAAGAAAACAAAAAGCGGCUGGCACAUCGUAAUUCCACUUCUAGCUACAGUAAUGGGAAAAACGGUUGCGGAAGAUUUACUCCUGUAA